UUUAACGCAUCACCAUUUUCAAGAUGGCGGCCAUUUCUAAGCAAGAGUACCUCAAGCGUUAUAUGUCCAAUUCCGAAGGUGAAAAAAAGAAGAAGAGGAAGAAAGUUCCCAAGACCUCUUCAAGAUAUCCAAAAUCUAUCAUUGUGGAUGAUGAUAUCGAUAUCAGAGAUAUCAAAGUCCAUGAUUCCGCACAAGACGUGAAUGAACUGGAAGGCGAUGUUGACGAAGCUCCAGCAGUUUUUGAAGAAGAUGGUAUAACAAAAGUAUCAAUAGAAUCAUUCAAGAAAAGAGAGGAAGACCAUAGAAACAAGUGGGCGCCAAUAAGUAGAGCGACUCAGUCAUAUAGAGAGGAAGAGGAUAGGUUAAAUUUUGAGAGUGAGAACCCAACACCACGAAUAACAGGCAGAAAGAGACUGGAUACACCUGACUUGUCUCCUCGACGUGGUGGAGGUGUUUACAACUCAGACCAAUCGCCACCUAGGAAGAAAUCUUCGCAUAGAGCUGUAAGAGAUUCACCUUCAGUCCAUAAUGGGAGGCAAGAUGCCUCUCCUGCAGCAGAUCAGAGUCCUCCAAGAGCAAGGCGGAGAAGGCAUGAUUCUGGUGAUUCUCUACCAGAGCAGUCACAAGAUCACAGUCUUGACUCACCACGGUUACAAGAAAGUCCCAAUAGGUCUCCUGUGAGGAGACGUAGGAAUGAUUCUUCUGACCUUUCACCUCCCAGGUCGGAACUGAAUAAAGAAUUGGAUCAAUCACCGCUAAGGAAAAGAGCAAAUAGUGAGUCUGAUCAGUCACCUGUUAGAAAACGUGCAAACAGUGAAUCUGAUCAGUCACCCCCUAGAAAACAUGGUAAUGGUGAUUCAGACCAGUCACCACCAAGAAGACAAAAAAAACCUGAUAGGAGAGACAUAAGAACAGAAAGUGGGAAACAAAAGAGAGCAGAUAAACGUGAAGAAAGAAUGGCUAGUGGACAGAAAGCUGGUCUUCUGAGUGGAAGUGACUUGAAGCGAGAAAAUGAAAGGAAACGGCAGAGAGAAGCUGAAAUGUUUGCUACAAUGGAUCCAAGUAUAUCAGGCAAAGGUUCAGAAACAGUGUACCGUGAUAAAAUGGGAAGAAAAAAGGACAUCAAGUUAGAGAGAAUUAAAAGAAGGGAGGAGGAAAGAAAGGAGACAGAAGAGAAUGAGAAAUUUAUGGAGUGGGGAAGAGGGGUAGCACAAACUAGAGAAAAUGAGGAAAAAGUUGCUGAUUAUCUACAUGAAGUGGAUAAACCACUGGCUCGGUACCGUGAUGAUGUUGACCUAGAUAAAAUGUUGAAAGAUCAGGAAAGAGAUGAUGAUCCAAUGUUGGCUUACAUGAAGCAGAAAAAGGCUAAACAGAAUGUAAUGGAAGGAAAGAAAGAAAAACCUGUGUACAAGGGCCCAGAUCCUCCCCCAAACAGAUUUAACAUCAGACCAGGAUACCGCUGGGAUGGUGUGAACCGCUCGAAUGGCUUUGAGAACAAACGAUUUGCCAUGUUAGCCAACAAAGCUGCUGCACAGACAGAUGCAUAUAAAUGGAGCACUGAAGAUAUGUGAUUGGGGCAGUACAUCAGUUGAAACAGAAGCUAUUUUUUAGUGCAGAAUGUAUUUUUUGCAUGGUUGAGUGGAUGCUAUAUGUCCAGCUGUGAUGUAUAUGUUUGAUGUCGAUGACAAUAAAAUUUUAG